UUCAAAAAUAACUUAUUUUAAAAUCUUUUCCUUCUAGCUAUUCGACGACUUUAUGAGCAAAUGCCUCAUCCUAAAUGGGUUAUUUCAAUGGGUUCAUGUGCUAAUGGUGGUGGUUAUUAUCAUUAUUCAUAUGCAGUAGUACGUGGUUGUGAUCGUAUUAUUCCAGUUGAUAUUUAUGUACCAGGUUGUCCACCAAGUGCAGAAGCAUUGCUCUAUGGUAUUUUACAAUUACAGCGAAAGAUUAAACGAUAUGAUACAUUGCAAAAAUGGUAUCGAAAAUAA